CUCUAUUGCAUCUCUUUGUUUAGCCCACUAUUGAACUCUCAGCGUUUAUUAUCCCUAUUUCUUUUUCUAGAUCUUUGGCAUUUUCUGGGCAAUUUCUUUCUUUGUUCAAUAUGUUGACAUGCGUGUUUUCUGUUUUCCUGAUUUGGGUGAUGGUUUUCUGUAUUUGCAGGAUGCUAUUGAUUUACUAUGUGUGUGCGUGCUUUUUUGUUUAGAUGGGUAUGCAUUUUGUAUGAGUAUUGAUAUAGAAAGAAUCGGCCUAGGUAUAAUAUCUUCCUCUGUUGGUUGCUGAGAGAAUGUGACUGAACUAAAUUUCGAAUUUUGAAUAUUAGAUUUCUCAUUGUCUGAAAACUUGACAAAAGAAAAAAAAUCUUUGACAAUAUGAACAAUGUUGAGAAUUUUUUGAAAAUCCAGGUUUUGAGUUGGUGUCAAACACAGGAGUUUGCUGAUUUGGAUAUUUGACCGAACAGGAUUUUUUUUAUAUUCUUUGGGAAUGGAAUAACUUAGUUGAAGUAUCCAAGAUCCAAUGGGAUUCCAUUAGUUUCCAAAUUUCUUGUUUUUACAUAUUUUGGAUAUUUGUUAGAAAUGAAUAUCUUUUUCCUCUUUAUCUAAAUUCUGCAGUCUGGGAUGGUGUAGACUGUAGUUAGACAUAAAUAAUUGGUUAAAUUUCAUAUCCUUUCAAGUUUGGAUGCUUCUUGUUGAUUUCAUGACACCAAGCAUUUUGUGUUACCAUAUCCUCUUUAGGGUUUCAGCCCAGUGCCCCUUCUAAGCAGUUCAUUUUUUUCAUUUCCCAUUGGUUUUCAUUUUGCUGAUUCUCUUGAAUCGUUUUGGAUAGUUGUGCUGUGAUUUUUUUGAUGCCAUUGGAUGCCUGUGUAGAUAACCAAUUUUCAGUACCUUGGCAACAAAUAGAAUGAAAGAUUUAACUUUAUUAACAUUCUGUUUCUGUCCUGCAUUUAUGUCUUACUAAACAAUGAGGAAAAAAAUUAGUUCCGAUAGUAUUGUUUAAUUUAAUUGGAAUAAAUUUUCUAAUUGGUGAGCUGCUAACAAAUGUUGGGAAGGAAAUGAAUUUCAAAGUUAUAUGUAUUAUUGUUUCAAUAUUGAGGCUCUUAUAAUUAUGUAAAGCUCCAUUAAGCUACUAUUUUAUGUGAUGGUCAAUGGAUUACUUUCAUGCUGCAUCAUAGCUUUUGUGUGAUCUUUUUCUAAUUGUUUUAUGAAUCUGUUUUUCUUCUUAGAGAGUGGCUCCAGCUGUCUUUUGCAUUCUUAAUAUGUUAGGUUUUCAUUUUGUAACGUUCAAAAAUGUAAUUCUUGAUGUUCUAAUCUUGUAUUCAAUUUUGGUGUUUUAUUGACCAAAGGACGAGGUGCAGAUCUUUGCUGCAUCUUAGUUUGCCCCAUUUCCUGUAUGUUUUCCUGUCUAAUAGGCAGUUUAUUGCAGGUCAGAUUUAUUUAUUUAUUGACACUUCAUUAUGGUAGCUUUUGUAGCUGAUUGCAUUUCUUGUCCCCUAAAGAGUUUAUGCGGGCUUGAAUAAACCUUUUUGUUUUUCCUUUUCAAAUUUCAGUGGGACACAGAAUCAUUUCAGUGUUAGUUCAUUGCUUGGUUUCUUUUGGGUUUGUUUAAGAAGCUUGAUGGGUUCCAGAUACCCAUCUCAUCAACUCAGCAAUGGCCUUUUUGUCUCGGGCAGGCCAGAGCAACCAAAAGAAAGAACUCCAACAAUGAGUUCAACAGCUAUGCCUUAUACUGGUGGUGAUAUUAAGAAAUCAGGAGAAUUAGGAAAAAUGUUUGAUAUUCCUAUGGAUGGUUCUAAAUCUAGGAAAUCUGGCCCAAUACCUAAUGCUCCUUCAAGAAGUGGAUCAUUUGCUGGGGCUUCUUCACAUUCAGGGUCACUGAUGACCAAUGCUGCUCCUCGUGCUGGGUAUACCAUGUCUGGUCCUUUAUCUUCUGGUGGCAUAUCUGGUUCAGCUUCAUUAAAGAAGUCAAGUUCUGGACCACUGAAUAAACAUGGGGAUCCUGUGAAGAAGUCCUCUGGUCCGCAAUCUGGUGGAGUAACACGACAAAAUUCUGGGCCUCUCCAACCAGUUCUACCUGCAACUGGUCUCAUAACAUCAGGCCCUUUAAAUUCUGCUGGGUUUCCUCGGAAAGUAUCAGGCCCUUUGGAAUUUAUGGGGUCUGGGAAAAUUAACAGCUUCUCCAUUUCUCACAACCCAGCAGUGACUGCUCUUAGUCAAGAUGAUGACUAUUCUUUCAUGAGGAGCUUUCCAAAGACGGUAUUAUGGUUGGUGAUUCUGAUAUUUGUGAUGGGAUUCCUUGCUGGUGGUUUUAUUCUUGGAGCAGUCAACAAUGCCAUUCUCCUUAUUGUUGUUGUGGUCCUUUUUGGAGCAGUUGCUGCAUUACUUGUUUGGAAUAUGUUUUGGGGGAGAAAGGCUAUCAUAGAAUUCAUUGCUUGUUAUCCUGAUGCUGAUCUUAGAACUGCAAAGAAUGGGCAAUAUGUGAAAGUCUCUGGGGUGGUUACCUGUGGUAAUGUACCUUUGGAAUCAUCAUUCCAAAGAGUUCCCAGAUGUGUCUAUACGUCGACAAGAUUAUUUGAGUAUCGUGGAUGGGGUUCAAAGCCAGCCAAUCCUAACCAUCAUCACUUUACAUGGGGUCUAAGAUCAUCAGAGAGGCACGUAGGUGACUUCUACAUCUCUGAUUUCCAAUCAGGGCUGAGGGCAUUGGUUAAGACUGGCAGUGGUGCAAGGGUAACUCCAUUUGUUGAUGAUUCCUAUAUUAUUAAAAUAAACCCAGAGAAGCAAGAGUUGUCUCCAGAGUUUACCAGGUGGUUGGGGAGUAAAAAUCUUUCAGGUGAUGAUCGUAUAAUGCAAUUGAAAGAAGGGUACAUCAAAGAAGGCAGCACUGUAAGUGUGAUGGGAAUUGUUGAGCGAAAUGAAAAUGUACUGAUGAUUGUUCCACCACCUGAGUCAUUGGCAACAGGGUGGCAGUGGCCCAAAUGCAUAUUUCCAGCUAGCCUUGAUGGUAUUGUUUUGAGAUGUGAAGAUACAUCAAAUGUUGAUGUGAUCCCUGUGUAGUCAACACUACAGUAUGUGUUUCAUAUGUCUAAUAUAUUUUUCCUGCGGCGGUUAUUGUAGUGUUUAAGUGCUGAUGGUUCAAAACUGUUGCUUCAAAAUGAGAUGAGGUAUUAUAUAUAUAUAUAUAUUUUUUUUUCCUUGAAUUUAGUGUAUAGGUUUGUGAGAUUUCAUUUCCAAUUUAGAGAGGGACAACUUACACAAUGGGUGAGGUUGUGAAGGAGGGGAAUUUGUAGUGUUAUUGAGUUGCUCUAGAUUGUUUUGUCCCUUUUCAAUGUUUAUGAUUACAUUGAUUCCUGAUAUUAUUUUAAGCCACUCGAUUUUAUAA